GUGCGUUGCCCGGAGACGGAAAGUUUGGGAGCCCGAGCAGGCUCGGCGGCGGCCCCAGGAAGGAGGUCCAGGGGGCGGCGGCCCUGGGGAUGGGGAAGGAGCAGGAGCUGCUGGAGGCGGCCCGCACCGGGCACCUCCCGGCCGUGGAGAAGCUGCUGUCCGGGAAGCGGCUCUCCUCAGGCUUCGGGGGCGGCGGCGGCGGCGGGGGCGGCUCCGGGGGUGGCAGCGGCGGCGGCGGUGGCCUCGGCUCCUCGAGCCAUCCCCUCUCCAGUCUGCUCAGCAUCUGGAGAGGGCCAAAUGUGAACUGUGUUGACAGCACUGGGUAUACACCUCUGCACCAUGCUGCUUUGAAUGGCCAUAAGGAUGUGGUCGAGGUUCUUCUGAGGAACGAUGCACUGACCAACGUGGCUGAUUCUAAAGGCUGUUACCCUCUGCACUUGGCAGCCUGGAAAGGAGAUGCCCAGAUAGUGCGGUUGCUCAUCCAUCAAGGUCCCUCACACACCAGAGUCAAUGAACAGAAUGCUCUUGAGAUCAAAGAACUCAAAAAGUACGGCCCUUUUGACCCUUAUAUCAAUGCCAAGAACAACGACAAUGAGACGGCUCUGCAUUGCGCAGCGCAGUACGGCCACACGGAGGUGGUGAAGGUCCUCUUAGAGGAGCUAACAGACCCCACCAUGCGCAACAACAAAUUUGAGACACCUCUGGACCUGGCUGCGCUAUACGGGAGACUGGAGGUGGUGAAGAUGCUCCUCAAUGCACACCCCAACCUCUUGAGCUGCAACACUAAGAAGCACACCCCUCUGCACUUGGCAGCAAGGAACGGCCACAAAGCCGUGGUCCAGGUCCUCCUGGAUGCUGGCAUGGAUAGCAACUACCAGACGGAGAAGGGCAGUGCUUUGCAUGAGGCUGCUUUGUUUGGCAAGACCGAUGUGGUGCAAAUCCUGCUGGCUGCAGGAAUUGAUGUCAACAUAAAAGAUAACCGUGGACUGACUGCCCUAGACACUGUCCGGGAACUGCCUUCUCAAAAGAGCCAGCAGAUAGCAGCACUUAUUGAAGAUCACAUGACUGGAAAAAGAAGUGCAAAAGAGGUAGAUAAAACCCCCACACCCCAGCCACCUCUCAUCUCCAACAUGGACUCCAUAUCACAGAAGCCUCAGGGGGACGUGGAGAAAGCAGUGACUGAACUGAUCAUCGAUUUUGACACAAACGCUGAAGAGGAGGGUCCCUACGAGGCGCUGUACAAUGCUGUCUCCUGCCAUUCACUGGACAGCAUGGCCAGUGGGCGAUCGUCUGACCGGGACUCGGUGAACAAGGAGGCCGAGGCCGCAGGAGUGAAAGCUGCUGGAGUGAGGCCGAGGGAACGUCCACCACCUCCAGCAAAGCCACCACCUGAUGAAGAGGAGGAAGACCGCGUAGAUAAGAAGUAUUUUCCCUUGACAGCUUCUGAGGUCUUGGCCGUGAGACCCUGGAUUCAGGGGAGUGCAGCCAGGGAAGAGGAUGAGCAUCCUUAUGAGCUAUUGUUAACAGCAGAAACAAAGAAGCUGGUGUCAGUGGACGGAAAAACAAAAGACCACAGGCGGAGCAGCAGCAGCCGGAGCCAGGACUCUGCGGAGGGGCAGGACGGGCAGGUCCCAGAGCAGUUCUCAGGUCUCCUCCACGGCUCCUCCCCGGUGUGUGAGGUGGGGCAGGACCCUUUUCAGCUACUCUCUGCCGCUGGCCAGAGCUGUCCAGAGGGGUCCCCUGCGCAGGGUGCCUGCCACGAGGCCAGCAUGCAGCUGGAGGAGACAAGUGUGCACGCUCCUGGAGCCUCCCUGCCCAGUGUCCUGGACCAGAGUAAAAGAGUGGGCUAUGCAGCAGGCCUGCCCACCACCAACAGCCAAUCGCACCCUGAAACUUUGACUCACACAGCAUCUUCACACCCUGGUGGUGCCGAGGAAGAAGGAGGCCGGAGUGGGGCCAGGAGCCGAGCCCCUCCCACCAGCAAACCAAAAGCUGAACUCAAACUCAGUCGCAGCUUGUCCAAGUCUGACUCUGAUCUCCUGACCUGCUCACCCACGGAGGACGCUACAAUGGGGAGCCGGAGCGAGUCCUUGUCCAACUGCAGCAUCGGGAAGAAGAGGCUAGAAAAGUCACCCUCUUUUGCCUCGGAGUGGGAUGAGAUUGAGAAAAUCAUGAGCUCUAUUGGAGAAGGGAUUGACUUUUCUCAGGAACAGCAGAAGAUCUCAGGUUCGCGGUCGCUGGAGCAGAGCGUCGGGGAGUGGCUGGAGGCGGUUGGGCUGCAGCAGUAUGAGAGCAAGUUGCUUCUGAAUGGCUUUGACGAUGUCCGCUUCCUGGGGCCUAACGUGAUGGAAGAGCAAGACCUGCGGGAGAUCGGCGUCAGUGACCCGCAGCACCGGCGGAAGCUGCUGCAGGCCGCGCGGUCCCUGCCCAAGGUGAAGGCUCUGGGCUAUGAUGGGAACAGCCCCCUAUCGGUGCCCUCCUGGCUGGACUCCCUGGGGCUGCAGGACUAUGUCCAUUCCUUCCUGUCGAGUGGCUACAGCUCCAUUGACACUGUGAAGAACCUCUGGGAACUGGAGCUUGUCAACGUCCUAAAGGUUCACCUGCUUGGCCAUCGAAAGCGCAUCAUCGCCUCCCUCGCAGACAGGCCUUACGAGGAGCCACCCCAGAAGCCCCCGAGGUUUUCCCAGCUGAGAUGCCAAGACUUGCUCUCACAGACAUCGUCCCCCCUGAGCCAGAAUGACUCCUGCACCGGCCGGUCCGCUGACCUGCUGCUGCCUCCUGGGGACGCGGGCAGGAGGCGGCAUGACAGUCUCCAUGACCCCGUGGCACCCUCCCGAGCAGAGCGCUUCAGAAUCCAGGAAGAGCACCGCGAGGCCAAGCUGACCCUUCGGCCCCCUAGCCUGGCUGCCCCCUAUGCCCCUGUGCAGAGUUGGCAACACCAGCCGGAGAAACUCAUCUUCGAGUCCUGCGGUUAUGAAGCCAAUUAUCUGGGCUCCAUGUUGAUCAAAGAUCUGCGAGGGACAGAAUCCACGCAAGACGCCUGUGCCAAGAUGCGGAAAUCCACUGAGCACAUGAAGAAGAUCCCCACCAUCAUCCUGUCUAUCACGUACAAAGGUGUCAAGUUCAUCGAUGCCUCCAACAAGCAGAACAUCAUCGCGGAGCAUGAGAUCCGGAACAUUUCCUGUGCGGCCCAGGACCCAGAGGACCUCUGUACCUUUGCCUACAUCACCAAGGACCUGCAGACCAGCCACCACUACUGCCAUGUCUUCAGCACAGUGGAUGUGAACCUGACCUACGAGAUCAUCCUGACGCUGGGGCAGGCAUUCGAGGUGGCCUAUCAGCUGGCCCUGCAGGCUCAGAAGUCCAGGCCCGGGGUGGCCUCUGCAGCUGAGAUGAUUGAAACAAAAUCUUCCAAACCGGUGCCUAAGCCUCGGGUCGGCACGAGGAAGUCAGCACUGGAACCACCCGAUAUGGACCCAGAUGCCCAGUCCCAUGCCAGUGUUUCCUGGGUUGUGGACCCCAAACCAGACUCUAAGCGGAGCCUCAGCACCAAGUAUGAGACCACUAUCUUCUAACCACCCGCUCCCUGUCUCACUGUGCCUUGCCAUCCGAUCUUCCUGCUGUUCUCAACUCUCCUUCCAGCUGCUGACGCCAAGGCCCCACCCCCAAUGGGACUGCUCUCCUCCUGGGCAGCAGCUCUAGACACUGCACACUCACAGCUUGUACCUAACACCACCGGACACUGUGAAUUACCCCCUUGGGCGAGGACAGCUUGGGGGGGUGAGUUGCCUCUGAGGUGGGCUCCAGGGGGGCUAACGGGGCCCCGUUGCUCCCAGGAAGCCUCAGCGGGCAGGCACUGUGAAUCCUGAGGGUAGGGCAGUCUUCGAGCAGAGUCCAAACAGCACCAGUGGCAGCUCCCUGGGCUCCCUGCCGGCUCUCCUCUCCUGUCUCCUAUGCUGAGCCACAACUGGGUGCCGCUGCCAAGAGCUAGCUGUCUGCACCUUUCCUGACACAACCAACCACUGUGACACCUGGUGCCAGAAUCCCCUUGCACUCCGCUCACAGCUGGCCUGCAGCCGUCCCUUUCUCCUCUGCUCUAAGGUGCUGGCCUCCCCCUGUGAGACCCUGAGCUCAGCGAUGUGGCUUGACCAGGGUCAGACUGCUUUCUGUGAGGGCCCAGGGUCUGUGCCAGGCCCUUGGGCACGUGCCUGACUCCAAAGCAUGGGGCUCUGAGCAUCUGAACACCCAUAGGCUGGCUUCACUCUGCUGGGGUUUCUUGAUCCUAAUGGGUCUUCCACUCUAAGGAAUGGGAUGGCAUGUAUGUGGUCAGCCCCUCAUGUCUUCGCCAGUGAGUCACAAGGCUGGCUCUGGAGUCUAGCUCACCGAGGAGGAAGGCCUUCCUGUAGGACCCAGCAAGAGGGAGGCCUGUGCCCUGCACACACGGUACACCUUUCCUCAUAGAACGGAGCUGCUCGAGGACAGGGACCUGGACUGAGCAACUGCCAUUGUCCUCCAGGAACUUUCUGACACUUCUCCACAGUGUGGGGAUCAAAGAUAGUCAGCCAUCACCCAGUCCCUUCCCUGAUCAGCUGCCCUCAGCCUCUCAACUCCUCUGAGAGGGCAGGCUGUGCACUCUGUCACCUCAAAGCAGUUCAGCAGCUGGGAUCUUGGAGUUGAGGCCUUGAAGAAGCCCCACGUUCUCUGGUGUGGGCAUAGCAGCUUAGAUGGCAGGAGACAGGAAGGCAGCAGUUCUGGUAGGAACCAGUGCAAACAUAGCAUAGUCCAGUAGAAAAGCCAGUAAGUUGCAACAAAUACUUGAGAGUUGAAACCCAAGGUGAUUAACCAGGGUGGGUGCUCCUGCCUGUCCUUGUGCCUUCUCGAGCAGACGCACUGAGCCAGAGGCGGCAGUGAGCCAUGGGCGCUCGGAGCAGGCCACGGAGGGCGCUCAGGGGAGGCUGUGAGGGACUUCUGUCUGUUUCCAAGUUUCCUCUCAGUUUCCUCCACCUUGUGCAGGCCCCUUUGGUUAACCCUUUCCUCCCCCCAUUGUGUUUGCUUCUGCCAAGCUGAGCCACUGAGGAACCAACUGUGCUGCGGAAAUACAGACAUGGGAGCACAGGCCCCCACCGCUGCCACCACCACCACUGUCUCACCUGCAGCUUUGAAGACCCAGGCCCAGCCUCUGCCCAUAGGACCUCCUCUCAGCUGCUUGGCCUGGACCUGCCACCACCAGGUCUUACAGAGCGAGCCUUGCCCUGGCUGCAGAGAAGCACUCCAGGCCUCUAGCAGAUGAGACUGGAACUCCAGAGGGUCAAGAAGUGACUUGUCCAGAACAUAUUUUUAAUAGAAAAAAUUUUUUUUUUAUAAAAUGAACUUUAACACUCAGCUCAAACCUCUAGGUUAAACUGCCAAUCUUUAGACAAAUGGCCAUAGGGUCAGAGGACAGGGGACCUGAGAUGGGCUAAGAGGUCAGUCUAUCCAGCCCCCGUGUCCAUGGGAUGGGCUCUUGGCGUGGUCUGGUAGGUCUGAAGAGAAGGCAGUGGCCUGCGGUGAAUUAAAAGCAGCAGGUGCAAGGGGCAAAACUGAGUAGGUUUGUUAGAAUCUGCUUUUCAAACCCAUCCAAGUUAGUUGUUGUUCUUAUGAACAGCACAACUUCUUGUCCCUGUCUAGAGCUGACACAGCUUUACAGCAGUAAGAACACAGCCUUAGAGGCACCUGGCAAAAGCAAAGGCUUCCGGUCCAUUUCUGGGGUUCCAAAUGUGAAGGUCCAGGGGCCAAAUGGAGAUGAGCGACCAGCUCCUGGUGCCAUGAAGUCUGAGCCAGUGCCUGGAGCUCUGGGUUGCUUGCUGGGCUCUGGCCUGCCAGUGGUCAGAGCACUGCCCUGGGCGCUCUGGUGACCUCAGACUGCCUGAGUCGAGUCAGGAAGGAGGAAAAGCAGCUUUGUUUUGGGCAUUAAUGGGUAGGUUAGCUAAGACUGCUGCCUGCCAAUCUGUGAUGUCUCUAAUCAGGUCUGUGUGUUCAGGACUCAUUUUGAUUCUCUGAAUUAUUGGUUUGACUGUUGUAUUUUCAGCUGCUGAGCUCAUCCCUGGCUCUAAGUCUAGAGAAGGCUAAAUAAGGUGACAGUCAAUUUGAUUCUCCCCUAGUGUGGCCUUCAGGGCAGGCUGGCGUCCUGGUGCACCACUGCCGCUUAAGCCCUCUUGCUGGCUUGCUUUGC